AUGAGUAUCUUUGAGCGCAAAUCGGAAUUACAACAUUUGGUUGUUGAUACACACUUUACCGGACACAAAUUAGGAAGGAGUGCAAAUGGGAGAGCUGUGAGUGCAAUUAUCCUAGACAAUAAAUUUUGGGAUGAUUGUUUUACUGUAUGCCAAAUUGUGAGUCCGUUGAUUAAAUUGCUGAGGUUGGUAGAUGCCGAUGACAAACCAUCAUUGGGGAUUGUUUAUGAAGGUAUGCUGGGGUCAGAAAAUGGAAUCAAAGAAAUGUUCAAGCAUAGGAAGAGUGCAUAUCAACCUUACACAGAGAUUAUCAACUCAAGAUGGGACAAACAUUUGAAAAAAAAUCUUCACGCAGCAGCCUAUUUCUUGAAUCCUGAUUGCUUUUUUUCUGAAAAUUAUAGAGAAUCACCUGAUGUCAUGCGAGCUUUACUUGAUCUUGUUACAUUGCAUUGCAAGGUUAAUAAUUUAGAUUCAGUUGAGGCAAUGAAAGAAAUACACAUAUAUAGAGAUCGAAAGGAAAGCUUUGAUAGGCCUGAAGUUGUUCCAGCUGCAAAAAAACUUCAACCUGAUGAAUGGUGGAGGUUAUUUGGUAGUUCUGCUCCAUGUUUACAAAAAAUGGCAGUUCCUUGGCCAAGGUCCUAG